AAAGAACAUCUGCGAAUGGCUGGUGUCGUAAAACAUGUUCACUCGGAGCUAAGAAGGAAAUUGCGAUCCGGGAAACCAUUUCAUGAAGUAGGAUUCCAUUAAUUCAGUUUCCACAGCCGCAUAUGUUUACACUACACAUGUUUUCUGUAAAUAGAAUAUCUCGGACAGGAGCUCAAUCCGGUUUUCCUAUCAACAAAGGUUUGGAAUGAACAUUUAUCACAAGAAUCAACACUGCAGGAAUAUGCGAAGAGUAUGGAACUUUUGGCCACUCACCACUGGGCUAAGCUAGAGGAGGUUGACCCUGCUACAUGUAGGAUAAACUGGACUUACUCCAAAAUACAACAGUAUUUUCACGGUGGAGGCCUGGUUCAACAGCUUUACAAGGAUAAACGACGAGCAGAGAGGAAUUCAGCCAGUACAGAAUGUGAAGUAGAUCCCCCAAUCCCUCUGCGGGUACAGAUGCUUGAUGUUGGUUCCUGUUAUAAUCCAUUCUACAAGUACAGUGAUGUUGACGUAACAGCUGUGGAUAUUGCUCCUGCAAGAGAUGAAGUUCUAAUCUGUGAUUUUAUAAAUGUUCCAAUUAAAUCUGAAAGGGAAUUUGACGGAAGAAAAUUAAUCAGCCUUGGAGCAGAAUCCUUCCAUGUUAUUCUUUUCUGUCUUCUUCUAGAGUACAUUCCUUCCCAACUAGCCAGACUUGAAUGUUGUGAAAAGGCGAGUAAAGUUUUGAAGAAAAACGGGAUAUUAAUCAUUAUUACACCUGGGACAGAGCAAUUGGAACAAUCACCCCCCUUAGCUCCCAUUUCAGAUUCCUCUCACCAAAAUAAGAACUCUGUUCUGAUAAGAGGAUGGAAGCAAGUCUUGUCUCAAAUAGGUUUUGCUCAAGUUUAUUAUGAGAAGAAGCAACAUUUUCAUGGAUUGGUUUUCAGGAAGCUAGGAGAGGAAGAGAUGGCUUUAGUCCGUAUGGAGAAUUCUUUAAUUCCGUUAACUAGAGAAGAGAUGAUACAAAGGUUUCAGAUUCCACAGGACUCCAACCCAGAGGUGUCACUAGAGUCUACUCCUGAACUUGAAAUAGACCCAGAUACCAUUCUUGAUCACUUCUCAGAGCUUCCAGAUUUUUUUCCUGACACUUAGAUCAUUUGGUAGAUUUUAUUCAUUGACCCUCACCACGACUUGUACAGUAAAUGGUUUGUCUUUUAUCUUCAAAGACUUUACUGUGAUAGUAUUGUUCCUCCCAAAACCAAUAUUUGUGAAUUAUGUUCUAAAUAUUUGCCAAAUUAACUUAUCAUUGCACUGUUAUGAUCGUUACCGUUAUGUGAUAAUUAUUAAUAUUUUUUCAGAA